AUGGCAACUCUCUUGUUAUUAGGCUUUAUGAUUUCAAAAAGUAUACCACAAAAAAAGAAAUCAUGUCAAACAUUCAGUGACAUCUACGAUGUGGCCGAAUGCUUGUUUCAACAAGGAAACUAUACAGAAGCCUAUCGUGUCUUUUAUGAGUUGGGAGAGACAUUUCAUUAUCAACAAGCCAGUUGUGCCUGGUAUCAAAUCCAAUGUCUUUUGGCUCUCGGUCAUUGGCGGCAAGUGAUUAUGAGUUGCCAUCGACAGCUAGAACGACACCCCUAUCAACAAAAAUGGCGUUAUAUUGCCUGUGAAACCUAUCUCGAACGAAAAGACUAUACACUCGCAUGGGAAGAAAUCAAACAUACAGACAACGCUGCACGAAAACGUAUUGUGUAUGAGGGUUUGUUGUCUCAACACAACCAGAGAAACGACAUUCUGGAUUACCUUACUUUUGACCUUGCCUCUGAAGUGUUUAAAUAUCUUGACUUGGCUUCGUUGGCUCGUUGUACAUGCGUAUCUAAACGAUGGCGAUAUUUUUUGAUAUCCAAUGCGUAUCUUUGGAACGAUUUAGAAUUAACCAAUAGAAAAUUAGGACAUAUUUGGAUCCACACCUUACAUACAUAUCUGAAUCGACUCCAUACAGUACCACUCACACGACUCGUAAUUGAACAUCAAAAGAUCCAUGGCGAACAGUUAUUGACAGCACUUGUGAAUCAUCAAUGUCAAAAACUAAAGACACUCAUUCUCACCGAUGUGAUUUGCACACCUACUUUGUUUUUUCAUGCAUUGGAAUACAUUGGGUCUGUGUUGCAUAAACUCGAAUGGACUGGAUCCUCAGUGCAAUUGAAUGAUUUGAUCAAAAUUUUGCCUAAAACAAGUCAACAACUCAAGCAUUUAGCUAUCAAAAACUGCUUUACUGCUUAUUGUGAAAGUGGUCCUUCGUUUGAAGAUCUUGAAGCAUAUGGAGAGACAUUACCUUCUUCUUUUGUUUCUGGUGGUAAUUCAUUCCAUGCAUUAGACUCACUUGAGUUGUCAAGUAUUCAUGGGUUAAAGACAACCCAUUUAGCUCAUAUUCUUUCACAAUGCUCUCAUAUCAGUCGGCUUGUAUUGGACCAUUGUUUAGUGGAUAUUGUGCCUGUUAUCAACAUGAUCCGAACCACUUGCCCUUGCUUGACUCAGUUUUGUUAUGCGCGUAAUCAACUCUGUCAACAAUAUGAUGCCAUGUAUAGACCAAGAAGGCAACAACGCCAACAAAGACAGUUUCAUGAUCAUUUACCAUGGACUGAGCUACGCAUUCAUUUCACAAGUGCAUUUACUAACCCUAUGCUUCAAGAUAUUUUGUUUGAUUCUGCAGCUACCUUGAACGUAUUGGAUCUUUAUGGCAGUGCAUUUAUCUCAGACAAUGCUUUUGGCGACCAAAGACUGACAGGCUUAAAAGAGCUCAGUCUGGGUGAAUGCUACAGUCUAUCGACACGAUGCAUUGUUCAGUUAAUCGACCAAAACCCUUUAUUAGAAAAAGUCAAUUUGAGUGGAUUGACAGCUAUUCAUGACAUUGUGCUUGUGUCUCUGUCGUGUUGUGAAUAUCUGCACACACUCAACCUAUCCAACUGUCAUUUGAAUGUGACUCAUGAAGCCUAUAAGCAGUUCAUUGAUAGACGACGCCAUUCCCUGCGACAAAUAGACUUACAAGACUCUAUAUUAUCCAAAGAUUUAUUACUUUAUACCAUGAUUAAACUCAAGACACAUAUCAUUUAA